GAAUGGAUAUUAAUAGUCUUAGCUAUUGGACAACUCUCUCCGUGGGCAUCAAAAAUGUUAAAUGAUGGGGCGGCGUCUUCGGAAAAUGGCGAUCAUGAUCGUGACAUAUUUUACGGGAUUGUUGGUCUUAUUUUUGCAAUUUUGUUAGGUCUUGCUGGUUGGGUCGGUAUGACUGCAUUAAUUAUUAGACUAGAACAUACGCAAUAUGCGAACGAGGUUAGCGUAUCUAUAUUGAUUUACUUAAUUGCAACAGCUCAUCUGAUAGGAACACAUUAUAUUCUUGGUAACAUUACUGGUGACACAACCGGGUUUAAAUCAUCAGGAUUCUGGCUAGCACUUGAGUUGCUUAAAUGGGUUAGCGAUGAAUGUGGUAAUAAUAGCUGCGUACAUUGUCAUGCGAAACGAGAAACGAAAGAUGUUGGAGCAUUGCAUUUAGUAUAUAUUGUAGCGCUAUUAGGGU